GAUUGAAAUGGAGAAAAAAGGCUGAAAUGUAUAAAGGGCCCUGUGAGAUUUGUAUUGUUUUCUACCAUCGUCGUUCUCUUUGGGUAAUGGUCCUUUAUGGAAUUGAGCGCAAAGCAAAAAGUAUUAUUCUUUUCGUAGUGGUUGCGUAAGGUCCCCCUUAUUCAUAAUCUGUAGUCUUAAUGUAAUCGUAUUCGGUGUUCCGGUUCGAAUCACAACUACUGGGAUAUUUUGUAAUUGGGGGAGGAAGCACACAUUCGUAAAAAUUAGAGAUAAGUAAACAGAAUAAAUGAACGCAUGCCACCUGCAUAUCAAGAAAUAACCGCUGCGACUUCCAAGAUCGUGUCAGCAAAAAAAAGAAUAUCUCAAUAAUAAGUUGCUUGUGUAGUUUUAUGGCUGUACGAAAACGACUGCGUAAGUAGGCUUCAGUUGAUUGCUAGAUUGCUUAAAGCAAUUUAGGCGGCUUAAAUCUUUUAGUCGCGCAUAAAUGACAAGAUCUGAAGAUGGCUAACACUUCAAUACAAUCGCUUAACUUCGACAGACUUCUUAGCGCAUUGCAAUCGCGAAGUGAUGCCGAGAAGUGGAUAGAAUGCGCCGUGUGGAUUGCCCUAGAGAUAACCAUCUUUACAGGGAAUAUCCUAACGCUCAAAAUAAUCCUGACAAACAAAGACUUGCGGACGAUUCCGAACUAUCUGAUCGUGUCCCUCGCGUGCUCUGACCUCGGCCUGGGGAUAUUUGGAGGUAUCCCUACCCUAGGCGUCCUCGUGGAAGCAAAAUGGCCCUUCAAUGAAGCAUUAUGCCAACUGCAAGGCGUGUCAGCGUUAACCAUGGCGUCUGCAUCUGUCCUCAACCUUACCCUGAUGGCAAUCAACCGAUACUUCAAGGUAGUAAAGACAAGGAGGUACCAAGCCUACUUCACCAAGCGCCGAACUCUCGCCUAUAUCGCUUUAGUUUGGCUUAUGGCAUUUUUAGUCGCGGCUUCCUACCUUCUGAUUGGCAAUAGGUACAGUUUUAACCCAGGAAAGGUAUUUUGCUUCAUACAGCCACAACACCAUAUAUUCCAAAUAUUUAUUUCGAUAGUUUACAUUACAUUUCCUUCUGCGGUUAUAGUCUACUGCUACCAAAAGGUCUACAUGGUCAUCAAGACCCAUAACAAAGCUUUAUCUGGCUGGGGAGCUCGAAGGAUUGACCCUAAAGUUGGCAGAGCCGAACACUGGGCUGACCACAAGGCACGCCCGGAGCCCGGCACGCACGCCCGUGGUAUCAGUGUACAAGAGAUCAACAUAACGCGCACUCUCUUCAGUAUCGUAGUGGCGUUUCUUGUUUGUUGGACGCCUGCUUUCGUUAUUGACAUCAUUGAUGUGUAUCAGUUAAGGUGGUCUCUGGGGAGACGAGCGUAUGUAUCAUACACAUUCCUGGUGGCUACAAGCAGUACAGUGAAUCCUAUUUUGUAUGGAAUCAUGAAUCCAGCGUUUAGAAAGGAGUAUCUCAAGUGCUUGGUCUAUCUGCGGAUUCAAAAUAACAGUGUGGUAACGACCAAUACUUCACCAAGCAAUCGAGAUUCAAAAAUUUGAUUACAUUUCCUUGCAGAUUAUGUAAGCAGCUGGGUCUGGUUAAAUAAAAAACUGCACAAAA